AUGGACACCUUGAAAUCCACCGCCUCGACCCUCACCGGCGGCGCAAGCGACAACAACCAGAACGCGACGGCCAGCUCCAGCGUCAGCACCCACACCGAAGACCAAAAACGCCAUAUCUACGAUAACCUGCCCGCCGACCAGCGCCAGCAGCAGACCUACGCUGAAUGGGCAAAGGAGGUCUACCACGACCAAUAUGAGAAGUGGAUGCCGUGGCUCGAAGACCAGUAUCUGAAGUGGUUCGGGAAGGGCGAUAAUAAGGCAUCUUAUGUGACGAAGGACACCCUCUCCAAAUCCAAAGUCACCGGCGUCAAACAAGUCGACCAGAUCCAAGACGACGUGCAUAAUCUCGUGGGGAACCAACUGGGCGAGAACGGGCUUCUAGCGCCGGUCGGGAACGCCUUCUCGAAAGAGGGCAUCAAUAGGGCCGAGAGGGGCGGGAAGGACGAGAACGGCUCCUAUGGCGGUCCCCUUGGCGGCGUGACCGAUCCCGUGGUUAGUGGUGCUAAGGGCGCCGGGCAGGGCGUUGCUUCCGGGGCUCAGUCGGUGGGAGGCUCUAUUGCUGGGGGAGCGAAGAGUGUGGGGGGGUUGUUUGGUUGGGGAGAGAAGAAGGAGUGA